AUGGAAUUAAAGCUAGCGCUAGGGGAGUGUUCAGGCAGUUUCGACAUGGAGAAAGCAGUGUGCAAUCAUGGUUUGUUCAUGAUGUCUCCGAAUGUUUGGAUCCCUUCAACUAAAUCGCUUCGUCGUCCUCUUCGACUGGCGGACUCGAAUCGCUCCGUUUUAGUCACCAUCUCACACCCUCCCAACCAAUCUUUCCUUGUUAUACAAGCUGAUGCCUCUCUCUCGUCCUCUGCUGAUGAAGCAGCUAUAUUGAAAAAAGUCGGAAGAAUGCUAAGAAUAUCGAAGAAAGAAGAGAGAGAUGUAAGGGAGUUCCAAACAAUGCAUUCGUUGGCAAAAGAGAGAGGUUUCGGUCGAAUAUUUCGUUCUCCUUCCUUUUUCGAAGAUGCUGUCAAGUCUCUCCUCCUCUGCAACUGCGGCUGGAAAAGGACAUUAGACAUGGCUAAGGCUCUCUGCAAUCUUCAGCGAGAAAUAGCAUUGGAUAAUGGGAAAGCUCGUUCGAAGCGAAAAAGAUCAACAAAAAAGUGUAGGUCGUCGGAGUGUAUAGCAAAUUUUCCGACCUGGAAAGAGCUGGUAUGUUGGGCUAGGGUUGAUGCUCAGUAUCUAGAAGAACGCUGCAAUAUUGGGUAUAGAGCUGCCCCUAUUCUUCGACUUGUUUUAAUGUUUGCCAAUGGGAAACUUGAUGAGGAUGAGAUCACCAAACUCGAACAAUCUUCCGACCCAACAGCCUUCCAAUCUUUGUAUCAAAAGUUGUUGGGAAUCAAAGGCUUUGGCCCCUUUGUCUGUUCCAAUAUAUUGAUGUGUGCUGGAUUCUAUCAGAGGAUUCCAUCUGACACUGAAACAAUCAGACACUUGAAACAGGUACAUGGCAAGGGGAACUGCUCUAACAACACAAUUGCAAAAGAUGUUGAGGAAAUUUACGGCAAUAUGAUCCAUUUCAAUGUUUGGCCUACUGGUGACGAAACUACCCUUUUAUGUUCAUACAAAUUUAGGAUGGAACUGGUUGAGGAAUAUGAAAGCAAAUCUGGGAAACUGAGUGAGCCAGAUGCUUCCAGCUAUCAUCUUGUUACUGGUUCUCUGUUUAGGGACAAGUGA